AUGUUGUUGGCACUUUUUCUGAGUGUCUUCUUUGUUAUAUCUGCUGUUCAUUGCGCUGAUGAUACUCUUGGUUUUGGAGUAAAGACUUGGGCACAAUGCUACUUCAGAGGUCAGUGGCAUGGGGCGACUUGCCUAGACUUCUGCCUCAAGCGUUAUCCCGAUGCAACAGGCGGUGACGCUAUGCCCGAAGAUGGAUGUUGUUGUAAAGGCCCUUAA